AUGAGCACCCACGACUACGAGGCUGUCCGCAAGGAUAUCGCCGCUGCGUUGAAGAAACCCGACUAUGACGAUGGAAGUGUAGGCCCUGUCUUCGUGCGUUUGGCAUGGCACUCCGCCGGCACAUAUGACGCCGAAUCCGACACCGGUGGCUCCAACGGAGCCGGCAUGCGAUAUGAAGCAGAGGGAGGUGACCCAGCCAAUGCGGGUCUGCAACAUGGGCGAGCCUUCCUCGAGCCGAUCAAAGAGAAGCACCCUUGGAUCACAUACUCCGAUUUAUGGACCUUGGCGGGAGUUGUGGCAAUCAAAGAAAUGGGUGGACCGGAGAUCGCAUGGCAGGGAGGACGAACAGAUUUGCUAGAUGACCGCAAGGUGCCACCACGAGGACGGCUGCCGGACGGCGCACAAGGCGCCGACCACCUGCGCUUCAUCUUCUACCGCAUGGGCUUCAACGACCAAGAGAUUGUAGCACUGACGGGUGGGCACAACCUUGGACGGUGUCAUGGCGACCGAAGUGGAUUCGAAGGACCGUGGGUGACGAACCCGACGCGCUUCUCCAACUCUUUCUUCAAGCUGCUGCUGCAGCUUGAUUGGAAGCCCCGUAAGUUGGCCACCGGCAUGUCACAGUUUGUGUAUGAGGACCCCGAUGCCGACGAAGAUGAGGAGCCGUUGAUGAUGCUGCCGACCGAUAUGGCGCUGCGAACGGAUCCAUCGUUUGCCCCGUGGGUGAAGCGAUACGCCGAGGACAAGGAAUUGUUCUUUGAUCACUUCGCCAAGGUCUUUGCGAAGUUGGUCGAAUUAGGCAUCCGGCGUGAUGCUCAGGGUGCCGUUACCAACACUGACGGCACGCUGGGUGGUUAUGUCUCAGCACCAAAGAAGAGUGACACUGCCACUGGGCCACCUCGAGCUCGUCUGUGA